UCUUUAAUUCCCACCACCCCACAAUUCAUUCCCUGUCUCUGUCUCCACCAAUCCCCAUUCCCCAUCUCUCUAUAUACACACAAACAACCAACAUACAAACAUAUAUGUAGUACCAUAUAGCUGAAAUCACACAUAGCAUAAACUAUUAUACUCUCUCCUCUAUUGGCAAAUAUGUCAAGCAAAAAGAGCAGAGUGAGUGUCCACUCAAAACUAACAGUAGUACCCAGCAAACCAUCCGGGUCGGUCAAGACCAACCCGUUAUCCUCGCUGGAUCAUGCCAUGGGGCUCCAUUCUCUCCACAUGGUCUUUUACUACAAGAAAAACCCAUUUGGGUCCUUUGAGUUGGACCCGUUAAGGGAGUCCCUAUCGGGUGCUAUUUCCCUGUACCCGAAUGUUACGGGUCGGUUGACCCGAUUGGAGAAUGGUAACUGGGCAGUGAAGUGCCAUGAUGCUGGAGUUCGGGUCAUACGGGCCGAAGUGAGUGCCACACUUGAUGAAUGGCUCAGAUCUGCUGAUGGGUCUGAGGAGAGAGAUCUGACGGUGUGGGAGGACAUGCCCCAGGAACCCAAGACAUGGUCACCCUUUCGAGUCCAGAUAAAUGACUUUGAAGGGGGUGGUGUAGCUAUUGGAUUAAGUUGCUCACACAUGCUUGCAGACCUAACCAGUGCAACCUUGCUCUUCAAAUCAUGGACAGAGGUUAGCCGAAGAAAACCAAUUGAGCACCCACCUUUCUUCAAUUCAUUAGCACUCCAUGGCCAACUAGUUCCAAACAAACAUACACAAUUAGGCAAGUACUAUGCUACCAAAUCUGAAGAACAGUUUCAGGCCUCAGUCAAAAUGGCCACAGCCACCUUCAAAUUUUCCAAUUCAGUGAUCAAACAAUGCCUCUAUGAAGUCAAUCAAAAUUGUCCUAAUGCAACUCCUUUUGAGUUGCUAGCGGGACUCUUUUGGUCACGUAUCACACGUUUGAAAGGUCCUAAAAGUUACAAUACACAUUCCCUCUCAAUUUGUAUAGACUCUAGGAGGCUGUUGCAAGAUCCACUCCCAAUUGGGUAUUUUGGCAAUGCAUUGCAUUUUUCACAACUAUCAUUGAAGGGAGAAGAUAUAGGCCACUGUGAGUUAGGAUAUGUUGUGGAGUUGGUGCACAACCGUGUGUUGGGCAUCAAGGACGAAGAGUUUUGGUCAGUUAUGAAUUGGUUUGAAUCACAGAAGGGAGAGGGAGGGAAAUUUGCACCACCCUUUAAAAUGUAUGGCCCUGAACUGACAUGUAUUAGCUUGGAACACAUGCUUGUACCUAGCAAGGUGGCCGGAAGCAUCAAUAUGACAUCGUUGAUUUACGCAGCAACAUUUGACAAGGAAGAAAAGCCGGUUCAUGUGUCGUGUCAUGUAGGAAAUGUGGAGGGAGAAGGUUUGAUUGUGGUAAUGCCUUCAAUGGAAGAAGGGCUUGCAAGGACAGUGCUGGUGACUUUGCCUGAGAAGGAAUUGGCUGAGCUAUGUGAGGACCAAGCUAUCCUGCGCCUAGAACCAACAAUGCUCCUUGGUGGGAAAAGAUAGUCCAUGUUUCUUUGUAUGGUUCAACAUUCAAUAAUGGAGUCCAAGGAUAUGUUAAUUUGCCUAUGUUUCGGCCAAAAAUUAUGAUAAUAAAACAAAGGCCUUAUUUCACUA